GAAUGUGCUGCUGUAUCUUUAAACUCCUGCCAGGUAGGUUAGAAUAAGAUGACAGGAGCACGCAGGCUCAGUAAGAGGAGGAAGCUUGUGUAGGACGGGUGAUGUGGAUGAAAUGCGAAGAGAGAGUGAGAGGGGUUUAGCUAGCUCGCAUGAUCAAGCUGGCCAGGAAUCGGAGAACAAAACGAAAACAGCUUGUACGUUUGUAAAUAAUGGCGACGUGAACCACCCAGAAGCAAACAUCAGCAAGCCGAGGAAACCAAAUCGUCAGCCGAUAUGAUGGCAGAAUGCGAUCCCGAGGAGAACGCUUCGGUGGCCGGUACCGUAGGCUCAGAAGAGAAACCCAACUUUCCCCCGAAGGAGUUUCCGUCUGGGAUUUUUGACAGGACAGUGGCUGUUCAGACAUUGAAACUGAAUCCGGGAGGCGCGGUUCGGGUUUCAGGGUCCAGUGAAAGCGUCCUCACUGAACUGGAAGCGGAGGGUUUCGGGGAGGAAGAGCUCUUAUUACCUGGUCCAACCGGCAACGUGUCCCCCAGAGGAAGCAAAGAAAAGCGCACAAGACGGAACAGACUCAGCUCAUCCUCGGAUAAAGAAAGCUUCGCUUCCCCAGGUGAGCAAAGCUGGGAAGCUUUUGGUGGCGGAACGGGCGAGGUUAACCACUUCCCCGAAGACCCCGAAUUCGCCGAGAUCGUCCAGAGAGCCGAGCAGGCCAUCGAAAACGGCAUUUUCCCCGAGAGGAUCUCUCAGGGGUCCAGUGGCAGCUACUUUGUGAAGGAUCCCAAAGGGAAAAUAAUCGGGGUGUUUAAACCAAAAUCCGAGGAGCCGUACGGAAACCUGAACCCAAAAUGGACCAAGUACUUCCACAAAGUGUGCUGUCCCUGCUGCUUCGGGAGGGGCUGCCUCGUACCCAACCAGGGCUACCUCUCGGAGGCCGCCGCCUCCCUCGUUGACCAAAAACUGGGGUUGGAGGUUGUGCCCAAAACCAAGGUGGUGUUUCUCGUCAGCGAAACGUUUCACUACAGUGCGAUCGACCGCGCGAAGUCCCGGGGGAAGAAGUACGCCCUAGAGAAAGUUCCCAAAGUGGGCCGGAGGUUCCACAGGGUCGGGCUGCCUCCUAAGGUGGGCUCCUUCCAGCUCUUCGUGGAGGGCUACCGGGAGGCCGACUUCUGGCUGCGGAAGUUCGAGGCCGACUCGCUGCCGGAGAACAUGAGGAAGCAGCUGCAGUUCCAGUUCGAGAGGCUGGUGGUGCUGGAUUACGUCAUCAGGAACACGGACAGAGGAAAUGACAACUGGCUGAUCAAGUACGAGAAGCCUGGCAGCGGCGAGCUCUCCGAAAAGGACACCGAGUGGACGGCGAAAAAAGACCCUGCCAUUAAAAUCGCAGCGAUAGACAACGGGCUGGCUUUCCCCUUCAAACACCCCGACGAGUGGAGAGCAUACCCCUUUCACUGGGCGUGGCUGCCCCAGGCCAAGGUGCCCUUCUCCCUGGAGACCCGGGAGCUGGUCCUGUCCCGAAUCUCCGACAUGAAUUUUGUGCAGGACCUCUGCGAGGACCUGUACGAGAUGUUCAAGACCGAUAAAGGAUUUGACAGAGCUACAUUUGAAAAACAGAUGUCCGUAAUGAGAGGACAGAUUCUGAACCUCACCCAAGCGUUGAAGGACGGUAAGAGCCCGAUCCAGCUGGUGCAGAUGCCCCGCGUGGUGGUCGAGCGAAGCAGCGGCGGUGGCCAGGGUCGGGUGGUGCAGCUGGGCAACGCCUUCACCCAGACAUUCCACUGCAAGAGGCCCUUUUUCACCUCCUGGUAGAGGGACUGGGCACCAGGAAAGAGCCAGGCUUUCCGGGCCUAGUGGAGCCCCCCUCGGCUCAGCCAAGCCCAAGACUGCUUUUCUACAAGGGAGUGGAGUUCCAUUCGGAAUAUGAAGGGGGCAAAUGCGUUGGAAUGGAGCUGGAAAGCUUCCAAACUGCCAAAACAAUCGAGACAAAUGAACAGCGGUUGAAAGAAUGAAACUUUUAAUUGAAGGAAAAGUGUUGCCUGAAUGUAACUGCAAGUUUACAAAGUUUUUUUUUAAUGACAUCUCUGGACCUCACAGUGUGGAAGAAUACUGCUGUUGGCCUUAGUAUUUUUAUACAAUGAAUGUAUUUGCCGAUCGGCUUGUAUUUAAAUGCUGGCUGCAGUAUUCUGUUCUCCUGGGUUCGGCUGGAGGAGCUUAUUAUCAUGAGGCUUAAAAAGGGUCAGCACACCCAUUCAGACAACUCCUGUAUGCAUCUCUGACUUUUUAUUCCACUGAAAUAUGAUUGUAAAAGUAGUUUGAAAUGUAUUUAACUGGAGCUAUGAAAUUGAAUAAAUUUGGAACUGAUUUAAUAUGAA